CCAGCACGAGUGCACGCACAAGGAGUCAAGGAGGACAAAUCAAUCCCCCGUAGCGCCUAGGAGAUGGACCAGAUGGUCGUGUACUAGUGUGCCACUCGCCUCGAGGUGUGUGUCUCCUCCCCUUUUAAAACCCCCCAACGAAGAGGCAGGAGCAGCCGAGCAGGACGAGGAAGAAAACCCAACCCGCGCGAAGCACAAGCACAGAAGCAAAAGCGAACGACGAGGAGAGACGCGACCACCGCCGCGGGUCACUCCCCAUCCCAAUCUCAUCCAGGUUGUUUUCUUGGAGGAGUCUCUUUUGAAAUUUCGCUUCUCUUUAUUAACUCUGUUAGAUUGGAUUUGAGCGGAUAGAGGAGGGAUGGAUGGGAAUUUCGGGAGCGAGGAGCGGAUUCUGUGGCCGGCGUCGGUUCUUGCCGGCAUCGCCAUGUGCGCCGCGGUAUAUGACAUAACUCAAAAGGUUAGCUCUCAUUGCUUCAAGGGUUAUGACAAUAUAAGCCCAAUGAAAAAGGUUGAAUGGAAUAAUAGGGGUUUCUCUACAUUCCAUGCAUUGGUUGCAGCUGUUGUUUCUUUUUACCUGGUUGUGAUAUCUGACCUCUUCCAUAGCAACAUAAUAAUUGAUAGAAACUCAUGGCUAUCUGAUGCCAUGUUUGGGGUCUCGAUUGGUUACUUUUUGACAGAUUUGGUGAUGAUUCUGUGGUAUUUCCCCUCUUUAGGUGGAAAGGAAUAUCUCCUGCAUCAUGGACUUUCGAUGUAUGCAAUCUGUCUUGCUCUGUUGAGUGGCAAAGCACACAUGUACAUACUCAUGGUUCUCUUUACUGAAGCCACCACUCCCUUUGUGAACCUUAGAUGGUAUUUGGAGGUUGCUGGUAAGAAGACGCAUAACCUUUACUUAUACAAUGGAUUGGCUCUGUUUGUCGGAUGGCUGGUUGCUCGGGUAAUCUUGUUCAUAUAUUUCUUCACUCACAUGUACUUCCAUUUUGAUCAGGUGAAGUCCAUCUUCCCCCUGGGCUUCUACAGUAUACUGACGGUGCCACCGGCGCUGGCAGUGAUGAACCUAUUUUGGUUCUGGAAGAUAUUCAAGGGAAUGUUGAAGACCCUGUCUAAAAGGAGACAGCAAAGUGAAAACGGAAAGGCAGAGUAGAACUUACAAGGAAGGUGGAAGGAGGUUUUGUUCACUUUUAUUGUUAGUGCGUCUAACUUUCGACAAAUCAAAGUUAAACAUCCUUUGUACUUACAUUACAUUUGGGCGUUUUCUAUUCAUUAGUAGUAUAUCUUUUCAAUUCUAAUUGCCUGCGAGUGUGAGAACUUUAUUGUAGAGUAGCCUGCAUACUGCAGUCACUACAAUAAUUCUAACCUCUCCUCUUUUUAAUCGUCCAUCCAGGCAACUGUACACUAUCUUAUAACAGCAUUGUCACUCCUCGCUUGGAGCUGCUUACCUACAGACACACAGUAAUAUUGUACUAUCGAACUGUCGGCAACUUGCAGCAAUUUUCGUGGACUUCCACGUGCAUUUCGUGGAUCGAUAAGCAAA